AUGAAAUCUGCCAACAAUAUUCAAGCGGACUGGAUUCAACUUCAGCGCCGGCAGGCAAUACCACCCUACUCAAUUUUCUCAAAAGCUAUCGAGAAAUCUCAGUCAGACGACAAGGAAUACCGAGUCAUAAAGCUCGAAAACGGAUUACAUGCCACUGUCAUACAUGAUCCGAAGGCUGAUACCGCAGCUGCUAGUCUGGACGUCGCCGUCGGCCAUUUAUACGAUCCUGAUGACAUGCCAGGGAUGGCACACUUUUGCGAACAUCUGCUAUUUAUGGGUACAGAGCAAUUUCCUCGCGAGAACGAAUACUCAGAAUUCUUAUCGAAAAAUAACGGCUCGUCCAAUGCUUUCACGUCGACUUCAAACACGAACUACUAUUUCAGCGUCGCUACUCCCGCUCUAGCACCCGCGCUCACUCGUUUCGCAGCAUUCUUUCACUGUCCUCUGUUUUCUCCCUCUUGCACGUCGCGUGAACUCAAUGCUGUCGAUUCUGAACACAAGAAGAAUCACCAGGCUGACAUGUGGCGAAUUUUCCAACUCAACAAGGAGCUAACAAAAGAUGGCCAUCCGUGGAAGAAGUUCGGAAGUGGGAAUAGAGAAAGUUUGUCCAAGGCCGGCAAAGAACUCAAGGCGAAGGGCGCUGUUGGCCGCGAGACCCGCCGCCGCCUGGUCGAAUGGUGGAGCAAGGAAUACUGUGCAGGUAGAAUGAGAUUAUGUGUUAUUGGUAAAGGUAUGUCGAGAGAAUUCUACUUCAGUAUAUCUCGUGUCAUAAUCCACUGUCCCCAAGAAUCAUUGGACGAGUUGUCAGACUUGGUCUCCAAGCUCUUUUCGCCGAUCUCGAAUCGCGGUCUGGACCCAACUCCGAUGAUCAACGAUCAUCCCUUUGGACCUAAUGAAAUGGGUACCUUGGUUUCUGUGCAAACGAUCAUGAGAUUUCAUGCUGUCGAAAUUUCCUUCCCUUUGGACUAUCAAGCUCCUUUGUGGCGAUACAAGCCUACGAACUUCCUGGCACAUUUUGUUGGGCACGAAGGCCCUGGGUCGCUUCAUUCAUACCUGAAGAACAAAGGUUGGGUUACUUCACUGAAUUCUGGAAGUCAAAGCCUAGCAAGAGGAUUUGGCAUGUUCAAAGUGACGAUACACAUGACGGAGCAAGGAUUCCAAAACUAUCGGUCCAUAGUCUUGGCCACAUUCAAAUAUCUGUCAUUGCUCCGCUCAUCUACUUUCCCAGCUUGGUAUCAGGCCGAGAUAAGCGCGCUCUCCAAUACUAACUUCCAAUUUUCGGCAAAACGGAAUCCGGAUGAUUAUGCUGUGUGGCUUUCGCAGCAAAUGGUGUGGCCAGUGCCUACAGAACUCACCGUCAGUGCCCCACAAUUGACGUGGGAAUGGGAUCAAGGCGGAAACGGGGAAAAAGAGGUAAACGACAUCUUAAACGGGUUGACAAUCGACCAGGGAAGAGUGGUGCUCAUGGCACGGAAAGAGGAUCAUGAACGUAUCGGUCAGAAAGAUGCCACUUGGAAGACAGAACCAUGGUAUGGUACCCCGUACCGAGUAGAAAGGUGGCAAGAAGAUUUCGUAAUCCAGGCAAAGGGCAAAAACGAUUUACCCGAACUUUAUUUGCCGGGACCAAAUCAGUUCAUACCGACGAACCUGAACGUGGAGAAACGUGUUGUCUCCGAGACUAUCAAACGUCCUCACCUAAUUCGCGAGACGCCCUUAUCGACGGUCUGGUAUAAAAAAGAUGAUCAAUUCUGGCUGCCUAAGGCAACUGUCAUUAUCGAGCUUCGGAGCCCACUAGCGAACGCAUCUCCACGUGCUGCUGUUCUGACACGUAUCUUUUCCGAUCUCGUGAAUGACUCUUUGACUGAGUUCUCUUACGAUGCGUCGCUCGCCGGUCUCUCGUACGGUUUUGCCUCACACUCCCUCGGACUGUGGGUCACACUGAAUGGAUACAACGACAAACUAGGUGUCCUUGCCAAGCAUGUUCUGGAAAGAGUCAAAACCUUGGAAGUCCGAGCUGAUCGGCUUGAGGUUGUCAAAGAGCAGAUCGAGAGGGAUUGGGGAAACUUCUUCCUUGGCCAGACUUACAGACUAUCAGAUUAUUACGGGCGCUAUCUCUUGGAAAAUCAACAAUGGACUCUGGAAGAAAAACUUCCAGAGGUUCCUCGUGUAACGGUGCAGGAUAUACAAAUGCACGCCAAGGAAAUGUUAUCUCAACUGAAUAUCCGUAUGUUAGUGGCGGGUAACAUGUACAAGGACGAGGCUAUUGGCUUGGCCACAAUGGGAGAGAAGAUACUCGAUCCAGCUCCCUUGCCAUUAGAUGAAGUCGUUGAUAGGGCCCUCAUUCCUCCCAAAGCUUCAAAUUUCGUGUGGACUUUACCUGUGCCUAACCCCAACGAGCCGAAUUCCGCAUUGACUUACUAUGUCCAUAUCGGCGAUCGCAACGAUGCUCGCCUGCGGGUAAUUGGCUCUCUUCUUCAACAGAUUCUGAGUGAACCUGCCUUCAACGUACUCCGGACAAAAGAGCAGCUUGGUUAUGUCGUAUUCUGUUCGACAUGGGUACUGCCUGGAUCGGCUGAUUUUGGUUUACGGAUCGUUGUUCAAAGCGAGAGGAAUCCUACAUACCUUGAACAGAGAGUGGAGGCCUUUUUGGUUAGUAUGAGGGCUUUCAUCAAGAAUAUGGAACCGAAGACCUUUGAAGAGCAAAAACAAGGAUUGCAGAAGAAAUGGGAGGAGGUUGUGAAAAACCUGGUUGAGGAAACAAACAGGUAUUGGGCGCAUAUAGAUUCAGGAUAUUUAGACUUCUUUAGAUUGGACACGAACCUGAAUGUACUGAAGGACGUCAACAAAGAAGAUGUACUUUCGCUAUUCCAGUCUCACGUGGACCCUGCGUCCCCAUCGCGGUCAAAAAUCUCAGUCCACUUACGUUCUCGCAGACCUCGCCCAAAGAAGGUUAGUGUCGCAGCUGCAGAUGCAUUCGAGGGCCUGGCCAAGGCUGCUGGGGUCGUACUAGAACACGGGGCAUGGAGAGAAGAGCUUGGUGAUCAGUUGCCAACCACUAACGACUUUGGGAAAUAUUGGGCUGGUGUUUUUACCGAGUUGAUGACAGCGCCGAAUGUGUCACAGGAGCUUCUAGGAAAGAUCCCUGCUUUGGUAGGACAAUUUCCUGAAGCCGAGGAUAUUGAACAGGGCCUCCUCGAGGGAGCAACCUAUAUCGAAGAUAGCAAGGCUUUCAAGUCUUCUCUGAGCACUUCUAGAGACCCGAGGCCUCUAGUCGAGUGGGGUGAUUUACCUGCGGCGAAGUUUUGAUUUUUGCCGUCGCUGGUACCUUUCCUCGAUAAUCGGAUGUCGCAUCUUGUAAAAUGUUCUUGUUGCUAAUCCACUUCAACAUAUACGUACUACUGUAUACCCUAAUGAAAGUUUCUUCUCAUACCCAU